AUGACAAUGUCCCGCAUUGCCAGGAAAAAGAAACACCCCCGCCGCAGCCCAAUCCUCAAGUCUCUCAAUCUCAAGACUAAACCAUCUACCAAAUGGCGGAAACCCGUUCCUCUCCCGCCUUCUACGGAGCCUUUAGAAGAGAAUUGUUAUACCACCUCUCCACUGAUAAACGGAUACAUAUUCGUCCGCAAGGGCGACGUCUAUAUCACCCGGCAUUGCAGGAGUAGAACCAAGCAGAGUGGACGAACAGUAUACGUUGUUUAUACUACACAAGGGAAAGCGCUGGGCCUCCGCGUCCCGAAAGAGAUCUAUUCCUCAGUUCUAGCUAGCGCGGAGGAAACGUCGUCGUCUCGCGCGGCGGCGGUGCAACUGCGCGAUGAAAGGGACCGGCAAAGGGCAGCAGAGCUGCUGACACAGUUAUUCCCGCGGAUGCCGUCGUCUUCUCUGACGGAGAUAGUCGAACAUGCCUUCUUGAAGGGGUCUGGGCGGGUGGGGAGGUCGACCACGACGUCGGAGGAGAGGAAGGCGGUUCUGGCCGUGGAAGCGCAUAUCCGCCACAUGCAUACCGGGUAUGAAGCUUUGCUGAAGAGUGGGAUGGAGAGGGCCCAGGCGCGAAAGGAUGUCUGGGAGGCUGUCAAGACGGUCAAGAGGCUGUGGAUGGGGGAAGAGGGGGGGGAUCAAAUGAAGUUAUCUCGACAGUUGCUCAAGAACCGCCACACAACUGGAUUGAUUCACUCAAUGGAUUCGACAGGAGAAUCUCCCCGCAAGAGACUCAAGACCGACAAUGUCGUCGACAACGACGUCGUCCUCGAGACACCCCCGGAGGCCAAGGUCGAGGAGGACUCGCAGGCACGCCGGGAGGCAGAAGUCGGCAUCACGCAGUUUGUGAGCGCGGAGGCUGUUGGAUUCUCUGGAAUUCUGAAGAAGAGGUACACCGACUUCCUCGUGAACGAGAUUUCACUUUCGGGCGAGGUGUUGCACCUCAAGAACACGCAGACACCCAAUUCAGGAUCCAAGGAGAAUAGUACCAAAGACCAGGCAAGCGCUGAGACUCAGCUGGUGGAACAGCCGAAACUCGAGACAAAGCUUGAGGAAGCUGCCAAGCCCGCCGAACCGGAAAAAAACGAGGAGGUGGAGGAGUUUAAGCUCUCCGAUGACGACCGCGCGCUGUUCGAUUCCUCCUUUGGCGCUGAAAAGACAGACAAGAUCAUCGCGCUGUACCAGCGGGCGCGUGAGAAUGCCAAAACCCGCCCCGGCGAGCUGGGGCGAGUCGUCACCAGCGUGCUCUCCGACCGGGAUCUGCGCACCAAGAUCCACCAGACGAUCCGGCGGGCGUUCAGCUCCCAGCUGGAAUCGUCGACGGACGCCGAAGGCGUGAUGGUGAUUUCGGUCGCUGCUAAUCGCAACCAACGGAAUGGACAGAAAAGGGGUGAUGGUGGUGCUGCGGGCAACGCUCCGCGCGAACGCACGAACCGAGUCAACUGGGACGAGCUCGGGGGACAGUACCUGCACUUCACAUUGUACAAGGAGAACAAGGACACGAUGGAGGCGAUCUCGUUCAUCGCGCGCCAACUUCGGAUGAACCCCAAGAGCUUCAGUUUCGCCGGCACCAAGGACCGCCGCGCCGUCACCGUUCAGCGGGCGUGCGUGCACCGCCUGCAGAUCGACCGGCUGGCGAAGCUGAACCCCAUCCUGCGUAACGCGGCGCUGGGCGACUUCGCGCACUCCCCCAACAAGCUGGAGCUGGGCGACCUGCACGGCAACGAGUUCGUGAUCACCCUCCGCGACUGCGAGAUCACCGGCGUCGACCUUGGUGGUGAUCUUGCCGCGGCCAUUACGCGGGCCAAGGAGAUCGUCGGGACUGCGCUGCGCAACCUGCGCGAGCGCGGCUACUUCAACUACUACGGUCUGCAGCGAUUCGGGACGUUCACGACAACCACCGACGCCGUGGGCGUCAAGAUGCUGCAGGGCAACUUCCAGGCCGCGUGCGAGGCCAUCCUCGAGUUCAGCCCGCACGUGCUGGCCGCGGCGCAGAACCCGGCCGAGACCACCACCGCGCUGAUCAGCUCGGACAGCAAGGCCCGCGCCGAGGCAAUCCACCUCUUCAACACCACGGGCCGCAUCAACGAGGCCCUCGACAAGCUGCCGCGCAAGUUCGCCGCCGAGGCCUGUCUCAUCCGCCAUCUCGGCCGCCACCGCCACGACUACCUGACCGCCCUGCAGACCAUCCCGCGCAAUCUGCGCCUGAUGUACGUGCACGCGUACCAGUCGCUCGUCUGGAACCAUGCCGCGGGGGAGCGGUGGCGACUCUACGGCGACCGCGUCGUGGAAGGUGACCUCGUCAUCAUCAACAACGACGACACCAAUAACGACCACGGCAAGGAUAAUGUCGCCACCGAUGCAGACGGCGAGGUCAUCAUCACCCCGCAAGCUCACGACAGCGCCCGUCCCGCCGACGACCUCUUCACGCGCGCCCGCCCGCUGACCGCCGCCGAAGCCGCCAGCGGGAAAUACUCCAUCUUCGACAUCGUGCUGCCCCUCCCGGGCUUCGACGUCGAGUAUCCUGCUAACGCCGUGAAGGAGUUCUACCAGUCCUUCAUGGGGUCUGAGCGGGGCGGCGGUCUCGACCCCUUCGAUAUGCGCCGCAAGUGGAGAGACGUCAGUCUGAGUGGUGGGUAUCGGGCGCUCCUUUCUCGUCCGGGCGCAGAGUACUCGUUCGAUGUGCGCAGUUAUACCCGUGACGACGAGCAGUUUGUUUCCACCGAUAUGGAUCAGUUGAAGCUUGCCUCUACCACUACUACCGAUGACUCUGCUACUACUGCUGCUGCUGCUGAUUCUAAUCCCAAACUCGCUGUUAUUCUCAAGUUUCAGCUCGGAUCCAGCCAGUACGCGACCAUGGCUCUGAGGGAGUUGAUGAAGGGGGGUAUCAAGGCUUAUGCGCCUGAUUUCGGGGGGCGCUAA